AUCUGAAUGAAUCAAUCGUCUUCUUUCAAGAUUCAAUUGGAAUAUAUCAAGGACAACUGAAGAUUGCCCUCCACCAGAAUGGUCGUCUCUAUUUAACAAACCAACGGUUGAUAUACUUUGAUAAUGAUGACGCUCAAGCUAGGAGCAUCUGUGUGGAUAUGUCCAAGUUUGUGGGCGCAGAACUAGUUGAUGGAUUCUUUAGAAGUUCGCCUAAAGUGAAGUUGUUUAUACGUACCGGCGAUAAUGAAUCAACCUUUCAGGCCAAACCACACAAGAGCGAAAGCACCCUUAAUUGGCCAUGUAAGAUUUGUUCAUUCAACAAUGUAAUGAGCUACGAUUUUGAUAUUGAAAAUGACGAAAUGCCUAAAUGUGGAUCAUGUGGUAUCCGAGCCACUGCCAAGUAUCUUGAACUGAUUAUUAAACAAUCUCGAGAGAACUCGUUGACACCGACCCCAGAACCUAGAAGAGACGACCAGUGUCCCCAAUGCACAUUCAUCAACCAUCCUUCUAUGAAAUAUUGUGAGAUUUGCGGAAGUGAAUUGAAAUCGACUAUCCCUGAUGCUCUCCAAAGGAAAUUAUCUACCACUAUUAAAACACCACCAACCAAGAAAUCAGAUCUAAAUCCAUUAGGACUUGAAUUGGAGAAUGAUGAAAGUUAUUCUACUCCUCAACAACCCUAUAUAAAAAUAAGCUUUCGUAAAGGGGGCUCGUCCAAGUUUUACCGUCAUGUAACUACAAUAAUUGACGAAAUCAAAUGGGACAGACUCAAAUCUGCAGGUGGGGUCAACCAAAGUGGAGUUAAACUCAAACUGACCAAGUUAGCUCCGGCUAGUAGUACCGGAGGAGGUAUCCAUGCAUUGGAAAUGUUGGAUGAGCAGCAACGACGUCAAAAUGAAAUCAUUCUUAGUUCAAGUUUGAAUGACUUGGAACAGCUAAUGUUUAAAUACCAAGACUUGAUUAAACUUUCGGGUUCAUUUAACCAAUUCAUAAAACCGAAUGAGCACAAUAAGCGUGUUCCUACUAGCUCCCAGGCCAUCCCCAGCCUAAACCUUAAGCAUAGUUCGCCACAAGAAUUAAGUCGACAUAUAAGUGAAUAUCUUAUUAAUUAUGAACUCACCACUACAUCUUCAAUGAUCACUUCUCAAGAUCUAUUUGCCAAUUAUAAUAGAUUCCUCAUAAAUACGCAAGGGUUCGGAUGUGAUUUAAUCAAAGCUGCAGAUUUCAAUAAAUCACUUGAAUUGUUUGCUCAGUUGAACCUCCCUGUUACUAUGCGAAAGUAUGAGAAAUCAGGAUUAUUAGUCAUUGCUAAAACUAAAUUAUUACAAGAGAGUUAUGGAAAAUAUAUUGUCAACUUUAUUAAAGACCAAGAGCAUGAAUAUAAACUCAACAAAUGUCGACAUGAUAUGAUGCAAGGAGUUAUUGUACUCGAACACGAGUCUUGUUUCCGAGGAGUAACUGUCGGGGAAAUUUCGCUGACGUUGAAUUGGUCUAAUAACGUUACGAUUGAAGAAGUAGAGAUUUGUGUGAAUGAAGGAAUAAUCGUGGUUGAUCAGAACAUUUCUGGGACAUUUUACCAUAUAAACAAGUUUGAAUGGAAUAACAAAGACUGGGAUGAUUCGCAAGAAAUGACCCAGAUUCAUGAAUUGAUUGUGCAAGAACAGAAAUCAAUUAGUCUGGAAUUACGAAGCGAAUAUGAAAGAGUGCACGGUGAAGAACAAUUGGUUGAUUUGAUGCCUAGUUUUGCAAUCGAUGUCGACUUUGAAGAGGAGGAAAGUGAGCUAGAGGAAGUUGCGCCGGGAAAUAGCCAAUCGCAAUCAUUAAAUGACUUGGCAGGAUUAAGAUUUUAACUAAUCUAAACCCUUUCCAAUUGUAUUUGCAUAGAAUUUAUAGAUGUAACAUAGAACACUUCAGAAAUGCCAUGUGAUGGUUAU